UCACCACAUCAUCGUCUUCACCACAACAACCUUUCAUCCACCAUUUCCUGACUACACUUCCUCGACCUACAUCUCUCUCCAAACAGCAACUAUGACAUUCCGCAAAGCGCGCCGCCCAAACAACAACAACCUCCGGCACAACAACGCCAACAACGCCCACUUCCAACCCUCCGACUACGAAUCCGACAACUACGCCAACUACCUCUCCGACGCCCAACCCUCCCAAAAACAAAUCGACCAAUACACAGACCAAGAGCAAGAAUCCAUCCCCCGCCCACCCCUCCGCUCAAACGAAGAACUCAACCUCGCCGUCCUCCGCCGCCACAACCCGCACAUCAAUUCCAUCAUUUCCUUAGCCCCCUACGCCGUCGUCUACAUCUUCAACCCGGCAUCACGGCAAUGGGAGAAGAGUGGGGUCGAGGGGACGUUGUUUGUGUGUAAUUUGACGCAGGGCGUGCUGGGGGAGGAGCGGUAUACUGCGUUUGUGUUGAAUCGUCGGGGGUUGAAUAAUUUUGAUAUCCCAUUGGUGGAUGGGGAAAAUGUGGAGAUUACAGAAGAGUAUGUGAUUCUGAAGAGUGAUGAAGAGGCGCUUGAUGCGAAUGGGAGAAACGGGGGUAAUGGGGGGACACCAGCUGGUGGGAACGGUGAUGUGCGGAUUUACGGUAUUUGGAUCUACUCCGAGCCACCGCCAAACUCGACUGCACAGACGCGUGCUAUCAAUGCUCAAAUGAUUCGUGAAUGUGCUGUUCAUGCUGGACACAGUCUCCGGAUCGCCCGCGAGCGUCUCGAAGCAUCGCAGCAGAACGGACUACAUAUAGCCGCUGAAGCGGCAACGACGACGGCCGCGCCGGUCGAGGAGGUACAGUCGAGUGUUCCGAUGGGGAGACAGGUUUCAUUAAAGGACCUUUUCGGACAGCAAAGGGCACAGGAUGAUGGAUGGACGGUGAGGGCGCAUCAGUUUGGUGCGGAAUGGCCACCGCAGCCACCGCAGCCGCAGCCGCAGCCGUCGCAGCAGCAGCAGCAGGAUGUGUUGGGAGAUCUUUUCCGAAGAGCAGGAUUGGCGCAUCAGGGUGGUCAGGCAUAUACUUAGAGUCGAACAUAAUACACUGUCGAGAUACCCAUACCAUACAAUGAAGUUCUACCGCACUUGACCCUCCACAAUCGCCCCAAUCAUAUCCCCCGUCUUCCUCGCUAUAACCUCGUUGAAUCUCAAACAAAAAGCAUGCGGCAACCCGUCCUCACAAACCACCAUCGUAGGCCCAUUCCCCUUCCCAUUUCCAUCCUUCCCCCGCACAGCAAUAAUCUCAUCCCUCGUCCUCUCCGCAACCCAAUGAUCAUUCCUUCCAAAAUAGAAAAACAGCUUCGCAAGCGGCUCUUCAACAUCUGACAUACCCCAUAUAUCAUCGGACCAUUUGUCUGAUGUGAUGGUUUGCAUUUCGUCGGC